AUGAGGUUCCUGAGUGUGACUCUCUUGCUGCUCCUGUCCCUGUACACUGCACUCGGUGUGAUGGAGGUGCGUUGGUGUGCCAUCUCGGACCCGGAGCAACAGAAAUGCGAAGACAUGAGCAAGGCCUUCCAGGAGGCUGGCAUCCAGCCCUCCCUCCUCUGCAUCCAGGGCACCUCUUCUGACCACUGUGUCCAGCUCAUCAAGGACCAAGAAGCUGAUGCCAUCACCUUGGAUGGAGGAGCCAUUUAUGAGGCGGGGAAGGAGCAUGGCCUGAAGCCAGUGGUGGCUGAAGUUUAUGACCAAGACGCUGGGACCUCCUAUUAUGCCGUGGCCGUGGUCAGGAGGAAUUCCAACGUGACCAUCAACACCCUGAAGGGCAUCAAGUCCUGCCACACAGGCAUCAACCGGACUGUGGGCUGGAACGUGCCUGUUGGCUACCUAGUGGAGAGCGGCCAUCUCUCAGUGAUGGGUUGUGAUGUGCUCAAAGCCGUUGGCGACUAUUUCGGGGGCAGCUGCGUCCCUGGAGCAGGAGAAACCAGCUACUCCGAGUCCCUCUGUCGUCUCUGCCGUGGUGACCCCUCUGGGCACAACGUGUGUGACAAGAGCCCCCUGGAGAGAUACUAUGACUACAGCGGGGCCUUCCGGUGCCUGGCGGAAGGAGCAGGUGACGUGGCCUUUGUGAAGCAUAGCACGGUGCUGGAGAACACGGAUGGGAAAACCCUGCCUUCCUGGGGCAAGGCGUUGAUGUCCCAGGACUUCCAGCUACUCUGCAGGGAUGGCAGCCGGGCCGAUGUCACUGAGUGGAGACGGUGCAACCUGGCCCGCGUGCCUGCGCAUGCCGUGGUGGUCAGGAAUGACAUGCAUGGGGGCCUCAUAUUCCAGCUGCUCAAUGAAGGCCAGAUUCUGUUCAACCACGAGGCCAGCAGCUUCCAAAUGUUCAGCUCCGAGGCCUAUGGCCAGAAGAACUUGCUGUUCAAAGACUCCACCUUGGAGCUUGUACCCAUCGCCACCCAGAACUAUGAGGCCUGGCUGGGUCAGGAAUACCUGCAAGCCAUGAAGGGCCUGCUCUGCGACCCCAACCGGCUGCCCCACUACCUGCGCUGGUGUGUGCUGUCCACACCCGAGAUCCAGAAGUGCGGAGACAUGGCUGUGGCCUUCAGCCGGCAGAGACUCAAGCCAGAGAUCCAGUGUGUGUCGGCCGAGUCCCCUGAGCACUGCAUGGAACAUAUCCAGGCUGGUCAUAUUGAUGCUGUGACCCUGGAAGGUGAGGACAUCUACACAGCAGGCAAGGCGUAUGGCUUGGUCCCGGCAGCUGGAGAACAGUAUGCUGAGGAGGACAAAAGCAGUUCCUACUUUGUGGUGGCUGUGGUGAGGCGGGACAGCUCCUACUCCUUCACCUUGGAUGAGCUUCGCGGCAAACGUUCCUGCCACCCAGGCUUGGGCAGCCCUGCCGGCUGGGAUGUGCCCAUAGGCUCCCUCAUCCAGCGGGGCUUCAUCCGGCCCAAGGACUGUGAUGUCCUCACAGCGGUGAGCGAGUUCUUCAAUGGCAGCUGUGUGCCUGUGAACAACCCCAGGAACUACCCUUCCUCGCUGUGUGCGCUCUGCGUGGGAGAUGAGAAGGGCCGUAACAAGUGUGUGGGUAGCAGCCAGGAGAGAUACUAUGGCUACAGCGGGGCCUUCAGGUGCCUUGCAGAGCAUGCGGGGGAUGUGGCCUUCAUCAAGCACACAACGGUCUUUGAGAAUACAAACGGCCACAAUCCUGAACCCUGGGCUGCUCAUCUCAGGUCGCAAGACUAUGAGCUGCUGUGCACCAAUGGGGCACGGGCUGAAGUAAGCCAGUUCCAAGCCUGCAACCUGGCCCAGAUGCCAUCCCAAGCUGUCAUGGUGCAUCCAGACACCAACAUCUUCACUGUGUACGGACUUCUGGACAAGGCCCAGGACCUGUUUGGAGAUGACCGCAACCAGAAUGGGUUCCAAAUGUUUGACUCCUCCAAAUACCACAGCCAAGACCUGCUUUUCAAAGAUGCCACAGUGCGAGCAGUACCUGUUGGGAAGAAAACCACAUACCUGGAAUGGCUGGGUCCUGACUACGUGGUGGCUCUGGAAGGGAUGCUGUCCCAACAGUGCUCGGGUGCAGUGGCCACAGUGCACCAAGUACCCCUGCUGUCCCCGCUCCUGCUGGGCCUGGCUGCAGGCCUCCUCCUGCGUGUUCUCUGAACGUGGUUGCUGUAGGCAGCGGCCUGAGCAGGGAAAGCUACAGAGUCCAGUCCAAG